AUGUGUGAACAUCACAGGCAAAGAUCCAGAUGUAGAGCUUGCAAGGGUUCGAGCAUAUGUGCACAUGACCGUAUCAAAUCACAGUGCAAAGAUUGCAAAGGAUCAAGCAUAUGUGAACACAACAAAAUCAGGGCGCAAUGCAAGGAAUGCAAAGGCUCCGGGAUAUGUUUACACAAUCGACAGCGAACUCGUUGCAAAGAGUGCAAGGGAUCUGCUAUCUGUGACCAUAACAGAGUGAAGUCUCAGUGCAAAGACUGCAAAGGAUCAGCCAUAUGCCAACACAUGCGACGUAGGUCACACUGUAAGGAUUGCAGAGGAUCUAGUAUAUGUCUCCACAACAAGCAAAAAUCCCAAUGCAGAGAUUGCGGUGGUGCAGGAAUAUGUGAACAUAACAAGGUGAGAUAUCGUUGCAAAGAUUGCGGUGGAUCGGGCAUUUGCAAACAUAAAAAAAGGAAGUAUCGUUGCAAAGAUUGU